AGUCGGCUGAGGAUGCCGUGAACGUCACAGCACAACUUCAAAGGACCGCCUUUGCCCGACCGUAACUUGUCUGCGAGCUUUUAUUCACGUGUAUGUGAGAGUCUAUGAUCCCGACGGACGCCUUGACCCAGACAUGGCCGAGGUCCCACCGCCCCAAGUAGACCCGGACUUUGAGCCUCUUACCCGGCCGCGCUCGUGCACCUGGCCGCUGCCGGAGCUCAUCGACCCGGCGAGCUCCACCACAUCCUCCCCGAGCCCCUCCGUGCCGCCGGGAAACGCCUGCAACCUCGGUUUACUGGAGGAGGAUUACGAGGAGGACUGCUCGUAUGUGUCCCAUUCUGACUUCCAUCGUCGCGAAGGGCUGCACCUUCAUCCGCACUUGCAUCAGCCAGGCCCGCAGCUGCCGGUGCCCCAGCAACAGGUGCCCCCCUUGGGGGGAACCAGCCAGAGGAAGAGCAGCUCGUCCCGGCGGAACGCCUGGGGGAACAUGUCAUAUGCUGACCUCAUCACCAGGGCCAUCGAGAGCUCACCCGAGAAGAGGCUGACCCUCUCCCAGAUUUACGACUGGAUGGUAAAGAGCGUGCCUUACUUCAAGGAUAAAGGAGACAGUAAUAGUUCUGCAGGGUGGAAGAAUUCCAUCAGACACAACCUUUCGCUGCACAGCCGCUUUGUGCGCAUUCAGAACGAGGGGACAGGAAAGAGCUCAUGGUGGAUGCUCAACCCAGAAGGAGGGAAGAAUGGCAAGUCACCUCGACGCAGAGCUACCUCCAUGGACAACAACAGUAAGUUCGCCAAGAGUCGACGGCGAGCCACGAAGAAAAAGACGUCUCUCCAAGAAGGCGCAGAGGGAAGAGCGAGCAGCCCUGGUCCUCAGUUCUCCACCUGGCUGGGUAGUCCGAGCUCCCAGAGCAAUGAGGACCUGGAGGCCUGGAGCGCCUUCCGAACUCGCACCAGCUCGGACGCGAGCACACUGAGCGGCCGCCGCUCGCCUUUCUCCUCCGAGCAAGAUGAUCUGGCAGAAGGCGAGGGUCACCUGUUGUACCCUGUGGGGGGCAAGAUCCCCGCACCCUUGCCCAGCCUGUCGGAAGUGUCCGGUGGAUCCAUGGGGGGCUCAGGAAUAGUGAUGGAGAGCCUGGCGGAUAACCUCAACAUGCUGUUUCCCAAGGGCUCCAACUCUUGCUGUUCUAACGGUGCCAUGCUUCAGAGCGGCCUCUAUAACUCCCCUCAGCCACAGCAGGACUAUGAGAAACGCUUGUAUGGCCAAACCAGGAUGAACGCCUUGUCCUCCAUGUGUCCGGAGGACAAGCGGCACUAUGGGCUUUAUGAGAACCAAUAUAUCUGCCCUGCUGGCCUCCUUAAGGACCUCAUGACCUCAGAGGCAGACAGCAGUAGGAACAUGGCCCCCUUCAAGGAUUCACGUGCGUCUCACGGCGGGAGGGGCCAUUGUCCGAUGUCCAUAUAUGACAGCCCGAGCCAACUGGUGGGUCAUAACGGCACAAAAAUGAGUCUGCCCGUUCUUCCCGUGAAUCCACGAGGCCUACAUAACCAGGGUCCUCCUAGCUUGCCGGACAUGAAUAGUCGUAACAUGACCCCCCUGACUAGUCUCUCGGGGGCACCCCCUCAAAUGACCAGCCUGAGGACGCAACUGUUCCACGGUCACCCGGCCCUGUCUAAUGAUGCCAGGGUGGCCUACCGCAGCUACAGGGAGCUUCACACACAUGCUCAUCAUCAGGAGCGGCUGCCCAGCGACCUGGACAACGUGUCCAUCGAGAGGCUCGAAUGUGACAUGGAGUCCGUCCUCCACGACACCCUUAUGGAUGGCGGGGCACUGGACUUCAAUUUUGACGCGGCAGCAGGGGCUCAGGUGUUCCCACAGAGGGUGAAGACCAACACACACAGCUGGGUGUCAGGUUAGGGGGGGUGGAUCUUAUCCUGUAUGCGUGUGUGUGUGUGUUUUCUUACCCACCCAAUUUUGAAAUACUUAUCCACGUUCUUGUCUAAGACAAGAAAUGGUUUAUCCGAAGUUCUUAACAAAUCGAUAUAUCUAAUGUAGUUUGCAGACCUGUUAGAUACUAGAUAUGUGCAUUUUUUUAAAUGAUGCCGUAUAUAAGCCUAAAAUAAUUCACACACUGGCCAAAUUUUGAAUCAUAAUUUUUUAUUUUGUAUUUGUUGAAUUAUGUCUGGAAAUGUCACAAGAAAUUAGCAAAAUGCUGCAAUUCAAUAAUUAUUUUUUUUCAAUUACAAUUUAAAAAAAUAAUUUGUCCCCAAUGUACACAGAACAGAAAAUAUAGCAGCAAAUGGCAAAUAACAAAUAAAUAAAUAAAUCAAUGAUAAUGUAUUUAUAUAGCCUUUAAUGUCGAAUGUCUCAAAGGGCUUUACAGGCUUUACUAAGGCCCCAGCUGGGUGUAGAUGUAGAGACCCCCCUUCCAGGGUGAUCGGCUGCAAUGGAUGCCGAGUGGGUUUACAAUUGAGUUGUUAAAUAAGUAGAUACCAUUUUGGAGUCCAGUCCAUCGAGAAGCCAACAGGUGAUCAUAGGGGGAUCUUCUUCCGGCCUCAGUCAGGUCAGCCCACAGCUAUUGGCACCUAUAGCUAUAGGCUGUAUAUAUUUAAACACAGACUACAAAAACUGAAAUAGUGAAGAAUUACAUAUACAAUAAAGCUCAUGUUAAAAAUGCUACAAUACCCAAACAAGGAAAACUGGACAAACCGGAAGAAAGGUGGAAUAAAUAAAUAAAUAAUAUUUUCUGAAUGAGUAAAACAUUCUAGUGCAAAUAAAUGAUAAAUAAAUGGGUUAUACUUGUAUAGUGCUUUCCUACCUUCAAGGUACUCAAAGCGCUUUGACAGUAUUUCCACAUUCACCCAUUCACACACACAUUCACACACACAUUCACACACUGAUGGCGGGAGCUGCCAUGCAAGGUGCUAACCAGCAGCCAUCAGAGGCAAAGGGUGAAGUGUCUUGCCCAAGGACACAACGGACGUGACUAGGAUGGUAGAAGGUGGGAAUUGAACCCCAGUAACCAGCAACCCUCCGAUUGCUGGCACGGCCACUCUACCAACUUCGCCACGCCACCCCUAUAAAUUUGGUACUCCGCAUAAGGGUGCAAAAUGGCAAAGACAAGUCAGGGAUGUUACAGGUGCAGUGACAUUAGUGGCAUUUACAUGUGCAGAAUGAAGCCGUAAGUUAAGAGCCAGGCAUGUAAAAUAUCUGCGAAAACUACUGUUUAAACCAGGGGAGUCCAAACCCAAAACUGUGAGAUAAAUGCAGUUCAAUUUCAAUAAGCAACCUGAUCCUGUUUCCGUAUAAAUUUUCAAUACUUUGCAUGUGAGAUGGUUAAUUCUCACCAGCUUGUGAACUACAUGAGAAACUCAGGUCAUUGCCCAUGAUGUGUGCUUUUAUGACCUAUAAGCACAGCAUUUAUUUAUGUGGCCGAAUCCAAAACAACCUUUCUUAGUCAUCUUGCAGAAAAAAAAAUCAACAAGCAUAAACACGCACAUGGUCACACAUAACACAACCUGCUCACUGAACUUUGUGGAUGUUAUAAAAAAAAACAUCCCAUCACCAUCAAAAAUUCAAAAUGACAUCCAAUUGCAAAACAUGAUGGGAAAAAUGCAAAACAGUCUCUCCACACUUAUUCAUGUUUGACUUUUAGCUGCUUGAUAUUUCUAAUUGAUUAAAAAGCUUUAAAGAGGUCGUCACGGAAGUAAACAAGCACACAA